UGCGUUUCUAGCGCAAAACAGUCGAAAUUGUCAGCUCGUUGAAAGAGCAUCGCAAAUCGCGUUCGCUCUCUACAUUUGUACACAUUCCCAGUGCUCCCUCACACACAGGGACAAGGAUAUAUCCUACACACACACCUUCGUUUAAAAUGGCUAAAAUAGUUAUCAGUGUUUUGUUGUGCCUGGCCAUGUUUGGCUCCAUGGUGCUCUGCUCACCCGAAUGCCCCUUCCCAAAUGGUCGUUUUGCCUCUGGUGAUCAAUGUGAUGCCUACACAGAGUGUCUGGAUGAUGUGCCCACUGCGAAACUCUGUCCCGAUGGUCUGCUCUUCCAUCAGCGAACCAAAGCCACUGGGGAGUGCACCUAUGCGCCAUAUUCCACCUGCAAGGAGCGAGCUCGCCUGCAGCCUGCCAACGGCACAGACGAAUGCCCCCGACAGUUUGGUUUUUAUCCGAAUGGCGAUGAGACCAAGUGCGGUGUGUACCGCAACUGCGCCCAUGGUGUGGCCAGCAUUACCAAGUGCCCCGAGGGUUUGGCCUUCAACGAGGAGACCUACCAGUGCGACUGGCCCGAUCUAGUGGGUAGCUGCAAUGCCGAAGCCUUUUUGGGUUUCAACUGCCCUGCCGCUGAGCCCGUGGAUGCCAUUGCACCCGAGGUGGAUGUCGGUCCCGAGGGAGAGCUGCGCUACUAUCGUCAUCCGCAGACGUGCAAGAAAUAUUUUGUCUGUGUGAAUGGACAUCCACGUUUGUACAACUGUGGCAAGUAUUUGGCCUUCAACUCAGAGUCGAAGCUCUGCGAUUUCUACAACAAGGUGCCCGAGUGCUAUGCUCUGCUCAAGGAAAAGCAGCGGCUGAAGGCCGAGAAGCAAGCAAAGUUUUAAGGUGGAAAGAGACUGCGUGAGAGAGAGCCCUAAAAGUUUUGGACCAGCGAGAGGCUGAAAGUUUAACAUUUCCUGUGCAAUAAUUAUAUUUUAUUUUUUGUAAAUAUGUAACUGUGACGUUGUGUUUUUGCGUAUUGAAUAAAUGAGUAAAAUAUUUGUAUAUGUAAUAAAU